AUGUUGUACUUCGGAGGAAAACUUUCACCAUCUACUUUAUCCUAUAUUACUCCUACACUAAAGUCUGUUCAGAAAAAGCCAGUAAUUUUAACGUGGAAUAAGUUUUUUGGCAGUCGCCUAGCUCCUGUUAUGAGAGAUUCCGACUGCCUGCAUGAAUGCAUUGUUACUGAAAACAGAAGCAAUUUACAAGUUGCUGAUGCAGUUAUUUUUCAUCUAUCUGAUAUGCGUUCGUAUGAUUUACCUUCAAUUCGUCUACCGAGGCAAUAUUAUAUAUUUUUUACUUUGGAACCGCCUGAAUACAUAGGCACAGUUUUGUUCGAAAAAUAUAAAACGAAAAGUGGUCAACAUUACAAAAUUCCAGACGAUUUUUUCAAUCUGACAAUUACAUACAGGACAGAUGCAGAUGUAUAUACUCCGUAUGGUAAUUUCCUUCGAACUGAAGAAAGUAGGCGAAAAAGUGAACUCGUGCAACAUUCUGUGAAAACUAUUUUUGAACGGCCAAAUCUUGUGCUGCACUUUGUGUCUAAUUGUAAUACACCAUCUCGCCGAGAAAAAUACAUUGAACAACUGAAGCAACAUAUAAACAUUACUCAACUUGGCGAAUGUUUUGGUAAACGAUGCUCAAAGGAGUGUGCAGACCGUGCCAUUGGUAAACACAAGUUUUACUUGUCUUUUGAAAAUAGUGUCUGUCAAGACUACAUUACGGAAAAAAUUUAUCUUCGGCUUGGAAAUCUGUUGCCAGUUGUUUUGAAGAGGUACUUCGAGUGGACAAAGCAUUGGAAAUUAGAGAAACCAAAUUAUGCGUGUCGUCUGUGUAAAUUUCUAAACGAAAAAAAUGGUACUGUGAAGAUUUUGCCAGACGUCAGGAAGUGGUGGUAUGACGAAAAAAGAUGUGAAAAGCCUUUAACUUCUCUACCUGCAGCUUACAAUCAUAACAUUUUGAAGUCAACGUUUUCUUAUUUUCAUUAUUACUCUUUUUUCUUUGCUGCUAAGGUAAUUUUUCAUUGAAA